AUGGUUAGACUGGACGGCAAAGCAUUCCGAUUCUGCCGCUCAAAGUGCCACGCCAACUUCAAGCUGAAGAGACAACCCCGCAAGCUGAAAUGGACCAAGGCCGGCCGCGCCGCCAGCGGCAAGGAAAUGAUCGUCGACUCGUCGCUCGUGCUCUCCCAGUUCGCCAAGAAGCGCAACGUCCCCGUUAAGUACGACCGGAAUCUCGUCGCAGCUACCGUUCAGGCCAUGGAGCGGGUGGAGGAGAUCAGAGCGCGCCGCGAGCGGGCGUUCACGAAGCGCCGGUUGGCGGGCAAGGAAGCGCGCGAACGCAAACGCGUGGAGGACAGGAAGGUCGUUGCAGAGGGCGAGCAUCUUAUCCGCAAGGAGCUCCGCGAGAGAGAAGAGGGGCGGUCGCUUGCCGAGGAGGGUGUCAAGAUUGCGAACAGAGUGCACGGCGAGGAAAGGCUCCGGCAAAAGAAGAAGACCAGACUGUUGGUGGAUGGAACUACGCAGGACGAGAUGGAUGUGGAUUAA